AUGGGUUUCGAAUAUGCACUCGUGCAUCUCAAGUACACCAUCCCAGUGGGCAUUGCCCUGACAAUCGUUUACCGCCCUUUUCUCAGCCGUAUAGAUCUGUACAAAGUUGCCUUUCUCAUCGCAAUCGCCGUCGUCUCAACCAUUCCCUGGGACUCGUACCUCAUCCGGCGCAAGAUUUGGACAUACCCACCACACGUAAUUAUUGGACCGACUUUUUUCUCGAUCCCAGCAGAGGAGGUGUUUUUCUUUGUUAUUCAGACGUAUAAUACCACUCUACUGUACCUGCUACUCAACAAACCUAUCUUUCAGCCAAGCUGUCUGGCACGAAAACCUCGGGAGGCCGCCAUUCUUUAUCGCAAUGUUGGACAAGUAGUUUUGGCAGCAUGUGUCUUGGUUGGUGGGCUUUUGGUCUGGAGAGGAGAUGAAGGAACGUACCUUGGGCUGAUACUAGUCUGGGCAGGACCAUUUGCUCUGCUGCUCUGGUCACUUUCGUCCGAUUUCCUAGUCAGCCUUCCAUACACCAGCACGGUUGCACCAAUUGCAAUUCCGACUCUCUAUCUCUGGGUUGUAGAUACAAUUGCGUUGAGAAGAGGGACUUGGGCUAUCGAAUCCGGGACGAAACUUGGGAUUCAUGUGUGGGAUGGCUUGGAAAUUGAAGAGGCAGUCUUCUUUCUCGCCACCAAUACUCUCAUUGUAUUUGGCCAGGUCGCAUUUGAUCAUGCACUUGCAAUUCUCUUGACUUUUCCAAGGCUGUUUCCGACUGUCCCAGAGUUGCCAUCUCCCAUACUGUUGAUGCGGGCACUUCUAGCACAUUCUUCAAAGUACGACGAAGAAAGAGUAAUUGGGAUUCGCCAGGCUGUUUCCAGGUUACAGAAGAAGAGCCGGAGUUUCUACCUGGCUAGCGCAACUUUCUCUGGGCGUCUUCGGAUUGAUUUAAUUCUUCUGUACUCUUUCUGCCGUGUUGCGGACGACCUCGUAGAUAACGCUUCUACUGACAACGAGGCGCGACAAUGGAUUGGGAAGCUCUCACACUAUCUUGAUUUAGCGUAUGCUUCUAAAGAAGCUCGAAUCGUUCAGAAGCAACCUCAUUUACACUCGUACAUCACGGAGAACUUUCCCGAAUCAUCGCAAUCUGCUUUGCGACUACUGCCCACACAUCUACUUCCUUUCGGACCUCUAUACGAUUUACUUGAAGGAUUUAAGACGGAUCUAGAAUUCCACGAAAGCAAAUUUUCAAAGAAGCUUCGAGUGUUUCCUAUUGCUAAGGAGCAUGACUUGGAAGUUUACUCAGCUAGGGUUGCCGGUACUGUGGCAGAGUUGUGUCUAGAGUUGGUGUUCUUCCACACUUAUUCAGCUACCACAACAGCUCAGCGAGAGCAUUUAGUCCGCGCUGGAGGCAGAAUGGGAAUUGCACUACAAUAUGUUAACAUUGCGCGAGAUAUUGCCACAGACGCAGCGAUUGGGCGAGUAUACUUGCCAAUAUCAUGGUUGAAAGAGGUUGGCUUGGCCCCGCAGGAUGUGCUUGAUAAUCCAGACAGCAAUGCAGUCGAAAGAUUGCGAAGUCGAUUAUUGGACAAAGCCUUCGGUGUCUAUGGAGAGGCUCGAAUCGCCAUGUCUCAAUUACCAUCUGAUGCGAGAGCACCGAUGAGAGUUGCAGUUGAAAGCUACAUGGAAAUUGGCCGUGUGCUGAAAGAAAAGGGCUAUAAAGUGAAAGCUGGCAAGGCCACAGUACCAAAACUUAGAAGGUUGAAAGUUGCAUGGAAGGCGUUGAAUGGGGCAUAG